CCCAGGCGACCUAAUGAGUCCAUUGACCUGUGCGCGCUGCGCGCGGACGAGCGCUUCAGAGCGGAAGGCGGGCGGACAAGUGAGCGCAUGUGCACACAUGACACGGAGCCUUUCUCGAAUGAUUGGUUGGGCAUAAUGGCGUCCACGUGCAUCCAGGAGUAGCCAUAUUUAAGGUCAGAUACCUUGAGAGGAAAGUCCGAGUGGCCGCGCGUAUUCUGUGAGUAUAAUCGGUUGGUUGGGAGUAGCGGGGGAGAGGGGAGGACGACGAGGAGGAGGAAGGGGGGGAGACGACGAGAGGGACGAACGAGCUUUCAUCGACGGCGGUGCCAGAAAGGACGAGCUUUAUCUGGUGGCUGCUCUCCCUCUCGCCGGUGCUAUGUUCUUACUGUACUUAGCCGCAAGUCAUUAUCGUGCUAAUUAGUGGUGAUUGAUAAUUGGGUUAACAGCACUGGCGGCGCGCAGCUUCGUACCUAUGGUGAUUGCUCUAGACGGGGUCGCUUCUCGUUCUCGUUUCUUGCUGGGAUUGCGAGGAAACACGUGGCGCUUAGGAGAAGGAGGGGGAGGAGGAGGAGGACGAGGAGGACGAGGAGGAGGGGGAACAGGAGGAAUUGGAGGAGAGAGAGAGAGAGUAGGGCUUUGCUAACCUCGCUAGGGGAGAGAGGUAGGACAGGGGAGACUCGUCUCUCGUAAGGGCGAACACGUGUUUGAAUACGGAAGUAAGGAGACGGGCAAGAUGAGCGGCAACGAUAAAUCGUCCGUAACGAAGGAACAGAAUGAGAGGCACAAGAAGAUAUUGGAAGCUCUCUUAAAGCUCCCAGAGAACCGUUUUUGUGCAGACUGCGGAAGCAGGGCUCCAAGAUGGGCGAGUGUCAAUUUGGGUAUUUUUGUAUGCAUCCAAUGCUCUGGGAUUCACAGAAGCUUGGGAGUUCAUAUCUCCAAGGUGCGAUCUGCCACGCUGGACACAUGGCUGCCAGAGCAAGUGGAAUUCAUAAAGAAUAUGGGUAAUGUGAAGGCAAAUGAGUAUUGGGAAGCCGCCAUACCUCCUGGUUUCAGGAGACCUUCAGAGAAUGACCGGCAGGCAUUGGAGACCUUCAUUCGGCAAAAGUAUGAGAUAAAGCGCUUCAUUCCCAGAAGCCGCAGCCCUCCCAGUGAUGAACGUCGUGGGGCUGGCACUCGGCGAGGGUCAGCUGAGAGAGAUAGGGAUGGGGGCUCAAGGCGUCCAUCAGUGGAUAGGGAUAGGGAUGUGGACCCGAGGGAUAGAGAUCAUGAUCGCUUUAGGGAAUGGGAUCGUGACAGUGAAUAUGACAGAAGCUGGAAUCCUAGAUCUGGAGAUUAUGGGCGGGAUGUGCGGGAGCGUGACCGGGAUUAUGACCGGAGAGACCCGCAUGAUAGGGCUGCAGAGCACGGGCGGGAUGUGCGAGAGCGGGACCUCGAUCGGGCAGGGAGGGGCUCUCGAGAAAGAAGGUACAGCAAUGGGGAAGGGUUGCCUGGCAGAGGAGGUUAUCAGGGCGAUGACUACGAACGAAGAAGAUCGCAGCCAGAGGGAGACAGGUCCCCACUUGGGGGCAGGUCCCCACUUGGGGGCAGGUCUCCCCUUGGGGGGAGAUCGCCUAUUGGGGGAAGAUCCCCUGUUCGCGGGCAGUCCCCCACACAUAGAGAUGAGGUGGCGGAUGGCCCUUCAGGAAGAGGGGGUGGCACCCCAGUGCCAAGGAUGCCUGCUCCUCCAGGUGCGCCCAAUGCUGUAAAUAUGGUUAGAGCAGUACAAGCACCCUCUGUUGGGCCCCCACCUGCAUCAAAGCCCUCCGCUACGCAGUUGGCUGGGUUUGUUGACUUCUUGACACUGGACGAGGAUCCGCGGAAUGGUGGUUCUCAGGUGCAGAGUGAUGCCAAUGCCCGACCGGCGCUCGACAAUGUGGACUCUUGGGCUAGUUUCACAUCUGAAUUAAGCACAGCUUCAACUGGUGCCGAUGGAUCUGGGGGGCUGCUUUCCCCGCAGGCUAUUUCUGCAGCUCCAGGAAGCAGGCCCUUGAGUGCGGCGACUGACGCUCCGCAGAUAGCCGAUGGAGGGUUUGCUGGAUUUCAUCCAAGAGGCAGUUCAAGCGUUGCAGCAGACUUGGAAGAACUGUUUGCGACUACCCCCAGUGCUCCGGGCAAUGCCACGCAGGGGGACUCCACAGGCGCCAGCGCUGUCAAACCAACACAGAGUGGAACUACGGAAGCUGCACCUCCGAGACCUGCGGGGGACGUGAAGAAGAACAUUUUGGAUUUAUUUGACACUGGCCCGGUCUUUGUCCCUACGAUGGGUGGGAUGCAAAUGGCGAUGCCCCUUCCGAUGGCAAUGGCUGCUCCCGGAGUUUAUCCUCCACGAAUGCCAGGUUUUCCACCUAGCAGCCUUGGGAUGCAGAUGGGCUCGGGGCUGAUGUUCUCGCAGGGACAUUCAGGCGCGCAGGGGUUGAGCAGUUCUAAUGGAACAGGAAUUUCCUCCACGUUGUCAAGUUCACCAGUGAAAUCAACAAGUGGAUCAUCUGCUGGAGCUUCGUAUGACUUCUCGGCGCUUACAGCUGCCUCGUUUGGGAAGUAGUGCUGGCAAUGGUCGCAUUGACGUGUGGGUUUAUUCCAGAGAGGGAACUUCAAAAUGAGGAGGAGGAAGCUGUUAGAAGUGGAGGGCCGCAGGAGGGCUUAGCCGCGAGGAGUACCUACUGCUCUUGGACACUGUGAGCCUUGUCCGCUAGUCUUUUUGCCAUGUGCCUGUCAAUCUACCCCUUGCCGGCGUCAUUGAGGGACCCCUGUUUCGCGAUGCAGCUUCCCUGCCUCCGAUUAUUCCGAGUAGGCAGAGCUUAGAGGAACAUCUGCUCUGGGGGAUAUCAGACAGUCCCCUGUGCUCUUCUGCGUGCCGUCGGCAAAACCCGCCCUCACAGGAUUUUCCACCUUGCGUUGUUUGUGGGUGGUAACGCUGCCAGCGACAUGUUUUUUUUUUGUGCGAGGACGUGUAUGCGAUCGUGUGCAGCAGGUGCUAUUGUCGAUGUUAUCGUUUGGGGGCUGGUAGCUGCUGCCACUAGCCAAUGUGGCAGUGCAUGAGGUCAACGAAGUAGUGCCCAUAUGUGCAUAUGGUCUCUAGCUGCCGCCGAUUGGUGAUUCGUACGAGGAUGGGAUCUCUUGGUAAUGUGUGCAACAAGGCUGCCAUGUUUUAAUGUUUCGGGCACCGCUCAGAUGCGUGGUGCACUUGGCUGCACGUCUGCUAGCAGCUCCUUGUUGGCGAUGUCUAUUUCGAUGCAUACAUGUCUGCGUAGAUGUACGUGUAAACAUGUCUGUUUGAUGCUUCGCGCAUUCUCCCGGUUGUAAGAUGGCUAUACGUGCGUUUGUCCCAUUUCAUCAGAAUCUCCUGCCCGCCUGGGUUUUGAAGAAGUUUCCUCUUUUGGAACAGCAGCGGCAGCAGUCCGCCAGGCUCAGAUAACAAUUGUGUAGUCUGGUAGGACUGCCCUGCUCAGAUCGAGCAUAGCGCCAACGGGAAAGGCGAGGGGGGGGGAGAUUCGUGCUCGAGACUACGAGAACCUUUCAUCGAAACUGGUGGCCGUUAGGUGGAUGCAUUUAGAUGCUGUUGGAUGGAGAAUGUUUUGCAAGGGAUUGGUCGGCGCAGACGCUGGCAAAAGCGGAGCGGUGACACAGAAAGGUGGGCACGUUGCGGCGUCUCGCGAGAGAUGGUGGUGGUCGCGCGCGUGUGGUAGAAUUUGUUGGACGGAUGGCCGGGGGGCGCAAGUUCGUUGCAGGUUUUCGCAACUGUGGCUGGGCAGGCUGGGUAGCUUCCGAGGUCCAACGCUCCGAUGGUCGAGGAGGAAUGAGGGCGCGAAAGGAGGCCCAUCUGCCUGCCUCCUUCGCAAUGGGCGUUGUUUGAGAUGCUUUUGGAGUGGCAUGUGGGUGUGGAUGAAUUGGAAGCACGGACGAGGAGGCACAAGUUUGUUGCAGCCUUGCAGGAGGGGUUUACGGGGGGGUUAUGGGUAACGAAGGAGGGGCGUUCGUAGGAUCUAUUGCAUUCCACGUCGAGUCGGAAGGAGAAUGGCUUGGCGAGGAUGUGGUAGGUGGUUUGGUUCCCUCUGCCUUCGCGAUGGGCCUUAUCUGAGCACUCUGGAGGGGUUUACGGGGGGGGUUAUGGGUAACAAAGGAGGGGCGUUCGUAGGAUCCACUGCAUUCCACGUCGAGUCGGAAGGAGAAUGGCUUGGCGAGGAUGGGGUAGGUGGUGUUGGGUGAACGUCUGAUGACGCUGCUGCUGCCCAUGUGGACUGAAUCGGCGUCUGAUCGGGAGUGUAGCAGCUUGGUGUGUGUGUCGUCAUGUGCGGAAACUGGGAAACGGUGGAUAGAAGGGCAGGGGCUCAGUGGUCGGGUAUGCGUUUGGGUGGAGGCAAGUCGCUGCAAAAGCGUGAGUGAAUAAUGAAUGCUCUGUGAUGACAGAUGCAAGAGACUUCAUUGGUUUAGGCAGAAGUUCAGAAGAUGAGUGAUUGGCAGUGUGUUAGGGCGUACUCACUCUAGUAAACUGGUAUCUGGGCGUGUUUGCAGUCAGGUACAUCCAGGGCUGGCCGUAAAAGCGGUCAGACAAGGGGAUGUGGGCGUAAAGCCGGGCUGCGAAUCGUCCAGGGGAGUGCUAGUGUGAGUACGGCCUUUUAGAGUGUGAGAACAGGGAUUACGCCCUGUGUGUUUUUUUUCUUGUUGGAAGUGAAAUAGCUGUGUAUGAUGGUCCGAUCAGUAAUUAUUUGAUUGGUGCGAUCCACUUCUCUUCCAGGUGAAAUAAAUGCCAAUUCUUAUGGAAUCGUGUGAAAUGAUGGUCGUACGAAAAUGCGAUUAGCUCACCAACCAGCCCUUCUGCAUCGUCCUGAAAUUCAGGUUGAACCAGCCAGUCUGUACUGAUGGCUUGGCUGGUGGUGGUCCCCACAGGGUAUAUCGAGUAGUGCGAGCUCAGUUCCCGGCCAACUCGGCACGGGCGUCGACCGGAAUUCGGUCCCUUUGAAGAAUAAGCCAGCCCACAUGUGGAGGUAAGCAUUGAGCCUUUUUUGCGACAUAUAUGCGAAGUGGGGAAGGAAAUCUGAACGUAGUCUAUAUAUAGAUACUAGCACGGUGCGGCGAGAGGAAUGUACUCGGUGAGGAUGGCUGAACAGGUGCAAAUGUGUUUUGAGGAAAUUGGGGAUAUCUUCUUACGGAAAGCGAUCGAUCGAGAUUAUGAAUGGAUAUGGAAAGGGAUGGGAACAAAACGGGGAAGGAGGAGGGAGGGGAUGUGUCGCUUUUGAUGAUCGUUAGCUCGGUGCUGGAAGACAAUCGUUCAUCCUUCUUUGUCAGGAGGGUUGUUGCUGAUUUUGAGCCCUAAAAGA